UUCGGUUACUCCGAAACCCGGCGCUGGCCGCCAGAUGCGUAAACAACGCUCACACGAAACGUUAGGAAAUCAGCUCCGUACAAUCAUUAUUCUGAUAUCGUAUCAUCAACUGGUGGAACGUGAUUCGCGCCAUGUGAACUAUUGCUGGAAAGCCUCCAUCCUAGUAAUCUUACUCAUCAUCAUCUCGGCCAGUAUGGUUUUCACCUUCAGUUUGGUAGCUCUGCAAGAAAGUUUCAAUCAGAAUUGUUUCAUGGGGGCAAGUUUGGAGUUCGUGAACAAUAAAACUAUCCAGGCAAAUACUGGCGAUGAGAACGCCAAACCCGCCCUGAACAAUACACACAGAUCAACGGAUGAAAAAGUAGUAUAUAUUAUCAACGAAUACGAUACUAAUUGGAGCAGCCAUAAUUAUUGUGAAUAUCUUACGUAUACUCCGCUAUUUCAUGCCUUGAUUGGUGUGAUAUGGUUUGCCAUAUUUAUUAUGCACGGACCAGGUGGGGAAGGAAUCGGCAGCAUCAUCGAUCGCCCCUGGAGAAUUGUACUUCCUUCUUUGGUAUUUUUCGUUUCAUGCUCAAUUUCUGCUACAGUUUGCGCGUGUCUCACCAAAAGGGGGUUGAGCUCAUUUUGUCAGCAGUUUGAGAAAGUUAACCUUCAUGAAAAAUACAGCUGUGCAAGAAUGAUAUCGAAGUACUCAUUGCAUCAACCCAACGAUCUGGUGCUACCGGACAAAAACUACUACCUAGUUUUGUAUUUCCCGUGGAUUUGGGUGGCAUUUUAUUAUGUUGGAGUUAUGAUUCUUCUUUUACGUAUUGUUAUGGUCGUAGAUUUUCAUCUCGUAAGAGUAAUUAUUUCAAGUGUUGACCGAGAUGAAUCGGAGAACGAAAAUCAAAGCCUAGAGGUCAGUGAUGAUAUCGACGAACCUAAUGUCAUCGAUACAGUAGAUGAAAAACCAAUAAUAACAGUAUUUUAGAUAUUUUAACAAAAAAAAAAAAACAUUGUAUAGAUAAAGCAGUGGUUUUCAAACUUUUUUCUCUCACCGCCUACUUUUGUCAAAUUUUCAAGCUCAACG